UUAUAUAUAGUUGAAAAAAAGGAAGAAGAAGAAGGGGGUAGAAAGUGCAUAGCUAUUCCAUUAGUGUCCAGACAGCUGUAAGUAUAAAUCAUUGUCACGGGAACAUAUUAUUAUUUCAUUACAAAAAAAUAAAAAUAAAAAUAGAAAUGUGGUUUUCGUCGGCUCUUUGUUUCUCGAUCCAAUCUUCUCCUUCCUUCUCUCGACCGAAACAAAGCUGAAUCAUAUCAUCAUCUCUCUACAUCAUCAUAAACCCCUUUCUCUCUCUCUCUCCAUCUCCUUCCUCCUUGUACACGUCUCGCUCCUUUCAAAUUAUUAAUCAAUUCUUCGUCUAUUCUCUUAAUUCUCCGAAUCUUAGCUUCCUUCUUCGUUUGGUUUCAGCUUUACGAGCUGUGAUCUCCUUGAUCUGCCUCUGCUUUACCUAUUCCCCCUCGACAAAGCUCGCAUUUUUUUUUUCGAUCUCCACAGCAGCAGAAGAAUCUCAGUAGAGAAUCUUUUGUUUUUCCGUCGGUUCUGUGAGAUUUUCUUAUAGAUUGUUUGCUGAUCUCUCGGGAGUAAUUAGAUUCGUGUUGUGAGUGAAAAAUUACGUUAAAAAGAGCAUCUUUUGAUUUGGUUUUGCGUGUGAAUUCGUGAAUGCUCCGGCGAGAGAAUCUUUGUACUGGAGGCUUUGGCUUAGAUCUGUAAGUCAAAAAGGUCACUAACGUAAUUAAGGGGAUCAAUCAGCUAUGACCUCAUCGCCAUCAAUGGAGAAUGGAGGCGGCUCCUCCUCCUCCUCUUCUGGAUCAUCUGCUCUUCAUGGCUGUAUGCAAGAAUUCAAGCUCUUCCAGACUCAUUCGAAUUUCUAUAUGAUUGGUUGGAAUGGUAGUGGAGUGUAUAGAGUACUCAAGAUAGACAGGCUUGAUGCGUCUGAGCUUAAUGUCAGUGAGGAUCCCACUGCGUAUACUAAGAAAGAAUGUUACGAGUUGCUUAAACGGAUACACGAAGGAAACAAGGCCACAGGGGGGCUGAAACGUGUUGCUGUUUGUUAUGGUAUCAUUGGGUUCAUUAAGUUUUUGGGACCAUACUAUAUGCUGGUUAUAACUGAAAGGAGAGAGAUUGGUGAGAUUUGUGGUCACCGGGUCUAUGAAGUGUCAAAGAGUGAGAUGAUUUCAUUGCAGCAUUCUAAUGUGCUUGGCAACAUUGUUAAUUCAAGAGACGAGAACAGGUACAAGAGGCUCCUGUCUAUGGUGGACCUUACGAAAGAUUUCUUUUUCAGCUAUUCAUAUAGUAUAAUGCGAAGUUUCCAGAAGAAUAUAUGCGACCAUGAGAGUGGUGGUACUCUCUAUAAGAAGAUGUUUGUGUGGAACGAGUUCUUGACUCGGGGAAUUCGACAUCAUCUUCGGAAUACCGUGUGGACUGUAGCACUGGUUUAUGGUUUCUUUAAGCAGACAACUCUUUCUGAAGCUGGACGGAAUUUCAAACUCACUCUUAUUGCUAGGCGUUCCCGCCAUAAUGCUGGAACCAGGUACUUGAAACGAGGAAUAAACGAAAGUGGCAAUGUCGCUAAUGAUGUCGAAACAGAGCAGAUAGUGUCUGAGGACGUUCCUGAAGACAACCCCAUGCAAAUAAGUUCUGUUGUGCAGAACCGUGGCUCAAUCCCUCUGUUCUGGUCACAGGAAACCUCACGGAUGAUUCUUAAGCCGGAUAUUGUAUUGUCAAAAAGGGACCUGAACUAUGAGGCAACUAGACUUCACUUUGAAAACCUUGUGGAGCGAUAUGGAAUCCCCAUCAUUAUUCUGAACUUGAUCAAGACAAAAGAGAGGAGACCCAGGGAGUCGAUUCUCCGGGCAGAGUUUGCCAAUGCAAUUGACUUUAUAAACAAAGAUCUGCCGGAAGAAAAUCGUAUAAGAUUCCUCCACUGGGACUUGCACAAACAUUUCCAAAGCAAAACAGCAAAUGUCUUGGCACUUCUUGGCAAAGUGGCUGCAUGUGCUUUGAUGCUAACAGGUUUCUUUUAUUAUCAAGUUACCCCAGCAAUGAAGCUCGAUGGUGGUAUGAGCUUGUCUUCUUCUGAUGCCGAGAUGUCUACACAUAAUAGUUCUGAUGAUGAUAGUGGGGAAUAUGAUUCCCUAGAGAAGAAUUUUCCCUCAUGUAAGAAUGUUGCUAAUGGCGAUGAUGAUAUCAAGCCUGGCAGGCUUCAGAGGGGAGUACUAAGGACUAAUUGCAUAGAUUGCCUUGAUCGUACAAAUGUUGCCCAAUAUGCAUAUGGUUGGGCUGCUCUAGGGCAGCAGCUCUAUGCUCUGGGAAUUAGAGAUGCUCCAACGAUAGAACUUGAUGAUCGUUUGUCUAGUGCUUUAAUGGGGUUAUAUGAGAGAAUGGGAGAUACACUGGCUUAUCAGUAUGGUGGAUCUGCUGCCCACAAUAAGGUUUUCAGCGAGAGGAGAGGCCAGUGGAGAGCAGCAACCCAGUCACAAGAGUUCUUGAGGACUCUGCAACGUUAUUAUAAUAAUGCAUAUAUGGAUGUGGAUAAACAAGAUGCAAUUAAUAUAUUUCUUGGCACGUUCCAGCCUGAAAAAGGGAAGCAAGCGAUUUGGGAGUUGCGUUCAGAUUCCCGCUCUAAUGGACAAAAUGGAGAGAUAAGCAUAGGGGAAGAUGAAAGGUUUCUUGUGAAGAGGUGCUUAUCAGAUGGUAAUAUUCUCCAUGAAAGUCGCACACCGAUGUCCGCAAUGAGUAGCAAGCAUGAAAGCAUAUCACAUAAAGGCUUCAUGUCACCACGCCAAAUGAAUCAUGUAACUUCAGAGUCAUCACCAGAUAUGCCAGCUGCUGGUGAUGUAUCAUUAUCGAGGUGUACUCCAUCAAUGCCUAGCACACAUUUUUUUGGAGAUGCGAAGAAGAUUCAACAUAAUGGUAGUAGCUCCUAUUACUUGUCCGAGCAGGAAGACAUGUCUAGUGUCUCAAAUUUUGUUGAUGUUGAGUGGCUUUCGUCAUCAGAAAAUCUAUGCGAUAACGAUCAGUCGUACAGGCCGUCAGCGCUCACAAGCUAUUCAACCGCGGAAGUGUCAUCAUCAGAGAAUAUCAUCAGUGAGGUGACACAGUCAAUGCCAGCUAUGAGCGAGAAUGGAUCAAGCAGCAGGAAGGGAAAAGAACCAAUGGGAACCGAACCGUCUACAAAGAUUCACGAUGAUUUUACUGAUAGCUUCAAACAAUGGGUAGCAUACGGAGAAGCACUAUGCCAUUGAAGCUCUUUCAACUUUCCAUUUCCAACAAGAACCAUAGUAAUGGUCUCAUGGAGAUAUUUGGGUAUUACGGUGCAAACAUGGAGAAGGGACUUGGUAGAGAAAUUCACAGUACCACAUAUUUGAACUUCACGGUGAUGACCAAACGAGGUAUUAUUAUACAUUAUAAAGAGGAGCUAAUAAAAAAUAGCUGAGAGGUUUGAGUUUAGGGGAAUUUCCAUCUUUGUGGAGAGAAACUUAUGGUAAUCUGAGACUUCUGUUAGGAUAUUUUAUUGGUUCUGGUUUGUAGACUACUGUAAAUAUAUGUUUGGUUUAUUGAUCCAUCAUGUAACUUCUUUUCUAUGGGUAAAAAGUCAUUUCUUCAACCACCUGCUGAGCCUGCAAUUCUUAGAGCUAAUCUUCGUACUGUUUAGAGGAUCUUUCGGAGCUCGUACUUUUGGUUUUAGAUCUUUCAUAAUUGUCGAAGAUCUUUCAGAGCGUGUCCUUCUGGUUAGAUCAAAGUUACAAACUGUUAGAUAAUCGUUCAGGGAUCCACACAAUCCUCACAUUGCCCAACUCAACCUACUGCUGUUCCAACAGAGUGAAUCAGACCAGAUGUUUCUCCUGUGAAUAUCAUAUAGUAUUGUUUGAUGUGAGUGAUGGCUCAUAACGUUAUUUUAUUAUAAUUUUCAUCGUUCCUCAAGACCCACUGCUAUUUAUAACAAUAAUACAAACACAUGGCUUUUGUAAAUUUUGUAUUUGUUCUACAUCUAUUAUGAGUUAAGCUCAGUAUUUUUCUUUUAUUUUUCCUGAUUUAAGAAUGGC